ACCGCCCCCAAGGAAGGAACCCAACCCCGUCCAUGGCGAAGCACCUCCUCUCCCGCGCCCGCCUACUCAUUACCCACCACCGCUCCGCCCUCCCUCCCGCGCUCACCCGCUUCCUCUUCGGCGGGCCCACGCCUACCAAGACCAAUCCAGAGGCGGCGGUGGCGAGUGCCAAGAUCAAGAGAGAGCUAAGCGGUAAGAGGGAGGGCACUGAAGAAGACGACGACGAGGGCGCCGGCGUCCCGUGGGGGACCUGGAGGCCCGACGUCGCCUGGCUCACCAAAGCCCUCGAGCCCGCCCUGCAGCUCUACAAGCAGUACAAUUGGAAGCCUUUCACUUCUACUUGUGGAGGGGACAACAUCCCUGCAAGCACCCGAACUUUUAGUGAGAUCCUCAGUGACCUCCAGCGCAGUAAGGUAAGCAUAAAGGACUGGAGCCUCAGUGACCUUACCGUCGGUCUAUACCUCAUUUACCUUAGCCAAGCUUCUGCAAAGAAUGCUGAAGCCUUCAAGGGUGUGCAGAUAUCAUCAAAUAAGAAGGUUAAAGAAUUAAUUUAUCACCUUGAACUUGCAAGAGGUUGCUAUAAGGGCAACGCAGAUGGGCUUGCACGGCAUAGCAUGCUUAGGAAGAGGAAUAUUUUAAAGUUCGUGAAAGAUUCUAGCAUUUUGAGACCUGGAUAUUACAUUGGCAUUGAUCCACGUGCUAAAUUGGUCAUCCUUGGAAUUCGUGGAACUCAUACAGUUUAUGAUCUUGUUACCGAUUUGAUUGCUCUAAGCGACAAGAAGGUAUCACCUAAAGGCUUCUCAACACACUUUGGAACAUAUGAGGCUGCUCGAUGGUACCUUCGCCAUGAGUUGAGCAUAAUCAGAAGAUGUUUAGAGCAGCACAAGGACUACAAGUUGCGAUUGGUAGGUCACUCCCUUGGAGGAGCUUCAGCUGCCUUGCUUGCUAUAAUGCUAAGGAAGAAAUCAAAGGAGGAGCUUGGAUUUAGUCCUGACAUUAUUUCAGCUGUCGGGUUUGGAAUCCCACCUUGCGUGUCAAGAGAAAUUGCUGAGAGUUGCGCAAGCUAUGUCUCUACUGUUGUACUGCAGGAUGAUAUAGUUCCUAGGUUAAGUGCAGCUUCACUGGCAAGAUUACGAAGUGAGAUACUUAAAACAGAUUGGGCAAGUGUUAUGGAGAAGGAAGACUUGAAGCAUAUAGUGGAUAUUGUGACUAAUGCUAAGCUUGUUGUUUCGUCCAUUCAAGAUGUAGCACACAAACUUGCUGAUUACGCGAAAGUUGUAACAGCAUCAGCUAGCUCCGAUGUGAAAGAUCCACCCCGUCUUCAGAGCUCGACACAAGUUUUGAACCCGGAGAGUGAAGAAGAUGUAUAUGUGCCUGAGGAUCUCUUCCUCCCUGGGACACUGUAUUACCUCCAGAGGGAUGUCGAGAAUAUAAAUGGCAACGAAGAUGAGUCAUACACACUGUGGAGAGGCGACGCAGGGGAGAAUUUCCAGAGGAUAUUGUUAUCUGGAAAUUUGAUGUCUGACCACAAAUGUGAAAACAUCCAUCACGCUCUGAGAGAUGUGCUCAAGACUCUGCCUCUGCCUCUCAAGGAGUAAUACUAGUUUUCUUAUUCAUAGCUUAUAUGUACUACUGCCUGGGUUAUACUGUAGUAUGUAGUUUCUGAUCUCCAUACCAUCAUUUUUGGUGGGUAAUGAGGGUUCUGUUGUAUAGUUUUAGGUUAGGUAAGGAACUGCUAAGAAUAAUACAGUAUAAAUUCCUGCAAGUUGCAGUCAGAAGUUCCUGGCGCUGAUCUAGUUACAAUUUCUCUUUAGAAUAAAGGCUUUAUGAA